GCAAAGCUAGAGCCACACUUUCGUGCUGUGGCCCGUCAUGUCCUCCUACGAUAUCGCAGAAGAAAUUCGCUCGUCUCUGCCUGGAACUGAAGAAAUCGUCGUCCAAUAUCUCUCAGGCUAUCUUGUCGAUGAUGCGGCCGAAGACGAAGACAUCCUCAGCGUCGCACGCUACAUGCUCGAGUCCCUGGCAAUGGGCAAGCAGGAAGCUGUCGACGAGCUCAUGUCCAAGCUUGGUACACUUCUACAGGACUUGAUCACAUCAAGAGAAAAGGCCAAAGCUGGACCAAAGCUGCAGCGCCUGGACAAGGUCAUGGAUAUGAGCAAGGCCAGUGCCAUGUCAAGUACCAUCCAGUUCACGGAAGGCGUCGACUUGGAGUCGAUCAAUAAAUCAAAAGCCUCUCGAGUCGAUGUCAAAAAACUUGAGAAGCAGGAGGCCAAGCUAAAGGCUAAAAUCGAGAAAAGAGCUCGGAGAGAUCUGUAUGAGGGCUCCAAGCUACUGGAACAGACAAAGAAACAGCAAUCCUACGAGGAACUGUACAUGCAGAUCAACCCUCUCGAAGCCGCCGCAGCCUCCAAGAACAAAUCCAAAGACAUCCACCUCCCCUCCAUCGACGUCAACUUCGGCUCCAACCGCAUCCUCUCCGGCGCCUCUCUCACCCUCGCCCACGGACGUCGCUACGGUCUCAUCGGCCGCAACGGAGUCGGUAAAUCUACCCUCCUCCGGCACAUCGCGAUGCGCGAAGUCCCCAUCCCACCGCACAUCACCAUCCUCUUCGUCGAACAGGAAAUCAUCGGCGACGACACCACGGCCAUCGACUCCGUGCUCAAAGCCGACGUCUGGCGAGACCAUCUCCUCAAGGAGCAGAGGAAUUUGGACCAGAAGUUGGCAGAGCUCGAGAAGGAGGGUGGGGACUCGGACGUGAGACUAGAGGAGGCGAAGGACGAGAUCAGUGGAAGGUUGGCGGAGGUGCAUGCGAGGCUGGCGGAGAUGGAGGCGGAGAGUGGGCCGGCGAGGGCUGCGGCGCUUUUGGCUGGCCUUGGAUUCAAUGAGGCGGAUCAGGGUAGGCCUACGAGGAGUUUCAGUGGUGGGUGGAGGAUGCGACUUGCGCUUGCUCGGGCCCUUUUCGUCAAGCCUGCACUUCUGCUUCUCGAUGAGCCUUCAAAUCACAUCGAUUUGAACGCUCUUGCGUGGCUCGAAGAUUACCUUCAAACAUGGGCAGGCACCCUUCUUGUCGUUUCUCACGACCGAGCGUUCUUGGAUGCCGUCGCGACCGACAUCGUUCACCAACAUUCCGGACGUCUGGACUACUACAAAGGAAACUUCGCCCAAUUCUACUCCACCAAAUCCGAACGCGAACGGAAUCUACAACGCGAAUACGACGCCCAAAUGGAGUACCGGAAACAUCUUCAGGCCUUCAUUGAUAGGUGGAGGUAUAAUGCUAAUCGGGCCGCGCAGGCACAGUCGAAGAUCAAAAUUCUGGAGAAGCUUCCAGAAAUCACGCCCCCAGAAACCGAAGAAACGGAGAAAUUCAAAUUCCCCGAAACUGAAAAGAUCUCCCCGCCGCUCCUGCAACUCCAAGACGUCACCUUCGGCUACGACCCCGCCAAGCCUAUCCUGAACAAGAUCCAUAUCGACGUGGGGCUGGAUUCGCGGAUCGCGAUUGUGGGUGCUAAUGGGGCGGGGAAGUCUACGUUGAUUAAGCUCCUAACAGGCGAGCUGAGCCCACAAGGCGGCCAGAUGAACCGCAAUGGACGACUGAGAGUUGGCUACUUCGCGCAACACCACGUCGACACGCUCAUCCCCACAAUGACGCCCGUGCAGUUCCUCGCGUCGAAGUUCCCGGGACGGACGGAACAGGAGUAUAGAGGGCACUUGGGGAAUUUCCAGAUCAGUGGUAUGACGGGGUUACAGCUGAUCGGAACACUGAGUGGAGGUCAAAAGUCGCGCGUGGCGUUCUCUGUGCUUUCGCUGCAACAGCCACAUAUCCUACUCCUCGACGAGCCGACUAACCACCUCGAUCUGGAGGGUCUCGACGCGCUAAUGCUCGCGCUCAGCCAAUGGAACGGAGGCGUGAUCAUCAUUUCGCACGACGAGAAGUUUAUCACUACUGUCGCGAAAGAGCUGUGGGUCUGCGGCGACGGAACGGUAUCGAAGUUCAAGGGAGACGUGCAGGCUUACAAGAAUCUGAUUGUGAGCAAUGUGAAGAAGACGCCUUGAUCCUUGAGCUUGAAGCUUGAGUUGAGAGAGGGCAAGGGCACGGGAUUUGGGGGUAGAGUGAGGGGUGAGGGGUGUACGUUAGCAUUGACGGUGACGGUUUGUUGUAGUCUACUAUAGCCGAGCUCGAGUACUGGGAGUCUCAGUCACUCGCGAGUUGGCGCGCAUUGCCAAUGGUCCUCCGAGGGCAAUUACAUGUAGUCUUUUCGG